CCUCACACCAAUGUGAUUGGCCAGGAAGGACAUCUGCUCAUAAUGUGCCCAGUAAAUUUUUUCAGGGCACUUUUCCUGGGCGAGAGAUUGUUUGCUUGUUGAGUGCGGAACUAGUUUUUUUUUCGCUACCUGUUUGGCAGUACAGCGCCAACUGACGGAAAAAAACACAAAACUGCGUUAUCUUCUUCUUCUUCAUACAUUUUCACAGCUGUCGGAAUGUUUUCACUACGAGAUUUUUCAAAAGUGCCCCAUUUAUCCCAGAAAAUCAGUGUGAUUGUCUUGAAUAGCACUCUCAGAUGUAGCACCAGUAGCCGGAGUCUCCAAUAUCUCAGUUAUGAUCGAGAUCCUGCCCCAGAGUUUUUCAAUGGAAAAAUCCAAAAAUUGCUAAAAUCCCUGACAAGAUUGGACCUAGAUAAGGUGUACAGGAGACGAACUGUAAGUAGAAAUGCUGUUGAGUACAAAUUCAUGACAACAGAGCAGGUGCAGCAAGAGAUUGAAAAUAGUCUCCGGAAAGCCAGGAAGUUGCUCCAAAUGCCGCCUGUUGUACAGAUGAGAGAUCCGGAAUAUAGAGUAUUGUCAAAGGACGAAGGUUUGGCCAACUAUACAGACUCUGAUAUAAUUUUCACGGAUAUUUCGCACGGUUUGAGUGAUUUUGAACGAAAAAUCGUUAUCCGGAAAGUUGAUGGGACUCUAGAGACGGCUCCACAGGAUGUCAGGAAGCGCUUGAAUCAGAUUUACUUUCCCACAGAGGGCCGAAAGAUCCGUACGCCGAAGAUGUUUGAGCCUGAGUAUCUCAAAAGGUGUCUGGAAGAGCAAAAGUACGAAUUCAUCCUGGACAGACUCACAGUUCAGUAUGAACCGUACGAGAAAGAAUUCCACGAUAUAUCAAGUCAGGUGUAUCUGCAUGUGAAUGAGUCUAAGGAGUUCCAUCAACUUCGAUCAACGAGACAUUUUGGUCCAAUGGCAUUUUUCUUGGCAUGGCAUCGAAUUACAGAUAAUCUUCUUUUUGAUACGAUUAAGAGGGACUUUUUGCUAAAUGGAGUUGAGAUCAUUGAACUUCAGUGUCUCUUGAACAAUGUUCAACUCCCGGCUGAGGCAUUAUUUGAGCAGCUUAGGAGAUUGAGUGGACAGAAUGAGAGGAAACUCACUCAUUUGUCGGUGGAGGGAGGAAGCAAUGAACAAUCCCUGAAGCGUCAAAUUGAGAGCAAAUUGGGCAAGUCAGAGGAAGAUCUGGAGGUGGAUUCUGUGUGCCUGGAGAUUCUCAAGGAGUUUGUCAAGAGUCAUUCGCAAAAGAAGGCACAACUUGAGCUGGCACUCCAAACGCACGAAGAGGCCAUUAGAGAAAAGAAGCGCAUUCUCAAUGGACUCAAAACCGCCCACGGAAUUAAUUAGCUCAAGUCAGAGGUCGCAUUUGUGAAGAAUUAGUGUAUUUUGCAAAUUACAGAGAAAUAAACAAUCUCCCCAUUUUACUAUCA